CUCUUCUCUCUUGGUAUAAAGGCAGAUCAACACAUCUGUAACAUGAACGCAACUUCUUUGAAUGAGGAUGAGGAACUCUGACAGGUGGCUCGUCUCUGGUUUAUGAAGAAGACAGCAGCACGCUGUUUGAAGUCUCGGUCCUCAGACUGGACAGCACGUCUCCUCCUGUGAUGAUCACAGGCAGCGGAUCCAGGUCUCUUUACCAGAGACUCAACAACGAUAUCAAAGACAGGCUGGCUGUCUACUCCCUGAGUCUCCAUGCUUCAAUAGACUUGCUCAGGGACGUGGUGCCGGUGGUCUUUGCCAUCAGGAGAGGGGAUGUGAAGGCUAUCAAUGAUCUGGCAACAUCCGCUCCUCUCAGCCUGCUGAAGGAGAACAACGAUGGCUGGAUUCCUCUCCAUGAUGCGGCCAUCUGUGGACAGACGGAGUGCUUGAAGAUCAUACUGAGGGCCCAUCCAGGAUCGGUAGACAAGCGUACCCUGCAGGAGCAGACGGCCCUGCUGCUGGCUGUGUCUCGUGGACACUUGUCAUGUGUGCAGUGCCUCCUGGAGACGAGCGCCGACCCCGACAUCAGCAGCAAGAACAAAGAAACCCCUUUGUACAAAGCUUGUGAGUUGGACCAUAUGGACAUGGUGAGCCUCAUUCUGUCCCAUGGGGCCACUGUGAAUCAGCGGUGUGGUCAGGGGUGGACAGCCCUACAUGAGGCUGUGUCCAGGAACAACACUGAGAUCUGUGAGAUAUUAAUAAGAGCCGGGGCUGCAGUCAACCCACCGAACACUUACAGCAUCACGCCGCUCAUCGUAGCCGCCCAGCGAGGACAGAUGAGGGCGCUCUGCUACCUCAUUGAAAAAGGUGCACAUGUGAACAUGCAGACGUGUGAUGGGGUCACAGCUCUGCAUGAGGCGAGUAAAAAUGGCCACAAGGAAAGCGUCGCAGUGCUGUUGACUAAAAACGCAGAUGCCAACAAACCCACCGACUCCGGACUGCUGCCGCUGCACAUUGCUGCUCAAUUUGGACACCAUGAGAUCGUGUCCCUGCUGGUCUCGGUGACGAGUCGAGCCAGGCUCCGCCACAGUUGUGUCCGUCCCCUCCACCUGGCGGCAGAGCACAACAGACACGCGGUGGCAGCUGUGCUCCUCAAGACUGGCGCGGAUGUAAACGCCACGCUGGCCGACAGUCACUCCGAACGGUACGCGGAUCGACGGGCGACGGCUCUCUACUUUGCGAUUGCCAACGGCAGCACCGAGACCGCGGAGGUGCUGCUGAACGCCGGCGCCGAUCUUAGUCUGGACCCGGUCAGUCCUCUGCUGAUGGCGGUACGGCGCGGCUGCGUCAGUACCGUGUCCCUACUGCUGCAGAGAGAGGCCGACGUCCACGCCAGGAUACCCUCGUACGCCACGACGUUCCCCGCCGUUGUCGCCCUUUGCGGGAAUAAUUUGCCUCUCCUCAAGUGUCUUUUGGACAAUGGAUGUGACGCCCUCUCCUGUUUUACCUGUACAUACGGCUGUGCCCCUCACCCAACAUCAGGAGGACCCCACAUAAGAACAGUUGGCAGCAAUGGAAUUGUUUUGCAGACUGACAAUAUGCUUCCUUUCACCUGCAGCGAGUCAUCAGAAAGAGCAACACAGUUCUGUGAGUGGAUCUCAACAUCCGGGAUGUGUAGAUGGGCAGGACCGAUCAUAGACUUGCUGCUGGAGCACGUCGGUCAUGUUCGGCUUUGCAGCAAGCUCACUGAGCUGCUGGACAGCCGAGAAGAAUGGCUCGCUGUUAAGAGGACGGCAUCGUCACCUCGGCCACUGCUGCACCUUUGCAGAUUUAGGAUUCGGACCCAAAUGGGGAGACACAGACUGAAAUCUCUCACAAGCCUACCUCUUCCAGACAGACUGAUCACAUACCUGAGCCUGGCUGACUGACUUUAAUCUCUUCUAGCCUUAUCGGCAUCAUAGAUAUGACUAAAUGUAUCCAUUUGUGUUUCUUUUUUGAGCUGCAUCAAAUGUUUUUUAUCUGUAGAUGCAAUUACGUGUACGAUAUCUAUUUAUAACAAAUGUAAAACAUGAAGUAUUUUUAAUCUGUCAGAUUGUUUUGUUGUUUCACAGAACCGCUCAAUGAAAGCAGAAAUAAUCUUAUGCCCAAAGGAGUUCUCGAAGGAAGUUGAAUCUUUUAUUUAAAAAUAAACAUCACUGUUUGAAAUGUGCCUGUCUAUCAUACAUUACUUUGACGAAUAAAAAAAGGAUUUCUAUGUCUCA